UCACAGCUUCCCCGCGAGAGCGCGCCGCAUCGAGCGCGCGCGUGGCUCCGUGUGGCGUAGCGACGCUCGUGCUUCUAACUCCGCGGCGCACGAGCUGACGUCUCGAAUGGGCCGGAACAGCUUUCUCUCUCUCUAUAUACAUAUUCCAGAAGAAAACCCUUUAAAAAUAUUAUUUACAAAAAAUACUCAGACAAGCGCCUCGCCGCCGUGCAGAAGGGAUGGAGUUCCCUGUGGAUGUGCUGGAGGCCACGAGUCACGGGGAGCUAGAACGCUCAGCUCGCACCUACAUGAAUGAGCUGCUUUAUGCUGAUCCUGACCAUGCCCACUACUUCACACUACCUAGUGGAAAGAAGGUUCAGAUCAGCCUGUCCAGUGUAGGCUUUGUUCCUCUGUAUGGAGCCAAUCUCCUGCAUAAAGUCCUGGCUCUGUUCACCCCACAGGACCAGCUCACAGCUGUGGCUUUGUUUUUGGCCAAUCAGUGGUACUGUGUAGAAGAUAUCCUCAAAACAGCAAACUGCAGACGAGAAGGCCUUAUCAAGGUAAGGUCUGUGGGUGAGAGAAUCGUCCUGUAUAUGUUGAACCGCAUUGUUUACCGCACUAUUGAGAUGGAAAGUGGAGAGAUGCCCUUCCUGUGCCACAGCGAAAAUGACUACGCCAAGAUUUUCUGGAAGAAUGGCCAAGCUGUGGGCUUCUACUCAGUCAAACCGAAAGGUAGCGUUUGUAAUAACUCAUUGAGGCAGUGCUACUUCCUGCCUGUCCUGGACUCCAUAUUUGUGAGGAAAGCUCACCGGGGAAAAGGCUUUGGGCUUCAGAUGCUGGAGGAUUUUGUGGAUUCCUUUAAUGAGGAUGAACUUGGCCUAAGAUACCCGUUGUCUCCAGCUAUGACAAGUGUUUGUAGGCAUUAUCUGGAUCGUUACCCGGCUGAUGUAGAUCUGAUCUGGGAGGUAGAGGGAGUUGGUGGCCCUUAUCAGAGGACCAAAGUGGCUUAUAAACUCAGCUCUAGACCACUGAGUGACACUCAUAAAGGUGGCCAUGGCGAGGAUAAUGGGCGAAAUGGAGAUAUUGUGGAGGAUGAGGUGGAGGAAUCGAAGGAGCCCUGUCUUAACAUCACUGAGGAAGUGAUUGUGGUCAACAAGCAUCAUAAAGUAACUGAAGAGAGCGACACACCAAUCUCCACACGUACCCGGAGCAGCGAGCACAGGUGGAGGAAGAGAGUCAGAGACGAAGAUGGGACAAAAGAGGUGGAUACCCGGCCAGACAAAAUCAACAGGAUGGAGAUGGAAGAAGUGGAGAGGAAGGAAUUCACCCUGCUGACGAGAGCGACACACCAAUCUCCACACGCACUGGAGCAGCGAGCACAGGUGGAGGAAGAGAGUCAGAGACGAAGAUGGGACAAAAGAGGUGGAUACCCGGCCAGACAAAAUCAACAGUUAACAGAGGCCAGUAGCUCCUGGUUUAGAGGAGUCACAAAAGUAAGUUCUGCCAAUAAGGACAAUGUAGUUGUAGUAGCUCCUGCAGCUGAGGAGGAGGAGGAUGAAGCUCCUACAGCAGUGGAAGAGCAGGAAGAAGUUCCUCCAGCUAAGGAGAAGCAAUAUGUGGAUGUGGAGGAACUGGAUGUUGCUCCUUCUGUUGAGGAAGAUUCAGAAACAAAAGUAGAUUUUCUAGCUGAGGAAACAUCAUCGUCUUCACUUGCCACAGAUCCUGAGGAAGAACAAGGACAGGACGAGGAGGCUAUGGAUAUAUUGAAUAAUAUGGAGGAAAUAGCUGAUGUAUCUGAACAGUCUUCUAAGGAAGAUGAGAGUCAGCCUUGUGGAGAGAAAGAAAACAACACACUGGCAGUGGAGGAUAAGGAGGAAGCUCAAAUUGAGGAGGAGAUGGAUGAGGAGGAAGAGGAAAAAAACGCACCUGAUUUCUCAGCGGUACACCAGGCGUCCAGAACAAAAGCAGCGCUUCCGACCUCCAAACGCACCUCCAAGAGACUGAGCAAGAUGACUGUGGAGGAUGAUGAAGACGAACAGGGAGAGUCGAACGUGAUAGAGGAAGACAAGGGAAUGAGCUCAGAGGAAGAAAAGGUCACGACAGAGGAGGAGGCAGAGCACAGUUCAGAGGAGGAGGAGCAAGUACAGGAUCCACCUGUGAUUGACAAGCGUGUAUUGAGGGGGAAAACCAAAGUGAUCCAGACGACACAGCGAACCAGAUCCAAACGGCGUGGCAAGAUCUAAAGAAACACCACAUGCACACUUCCUCACUGAAACUCCCUUAACAUGCACACUUUUUAGUAACAAUCACAUAUGAAACGAAACGGCACCGAACAGCCACUAGUGAGGUUUAAAGCUCUUGCGUGUAGGAAGUGUGUGCUCAUUUGUGUGCAUAUUCGUGUCUACGCAAAACACACACAUUUACAACUGGGCUUAAACCUGAUGUGCAGGGUUUUAUAGUGCUGGGUUUUUAUAUUGAGGUUCGGGGUUACGUUGAUUUACCGUCUUCUAACUGUUACUAAACUCUUUGUUAACUAAAUUUUUAUUACCAAAACAGUAAAAAAAAAAAAAAAAAAAAAGAUUUGUAUAAAAUAUAUCAGCUUUCUGUCCAACAUAUACAAAACCUACAGUCACGGCCUCGCCAAUGAUCCUUCAUAAUUUCCACAAAGUUUAAGAUCAGACAGUCAGAAUUAUAUUAUAAUGUUAUAACCAUCAAAUUAUAGACAUAAACCAUGAGAGUAAAUGCAGCUCUUUUCUCUCUUUUUUUUUUUUUUUUUUUUAAGCGAAAGUAGAUGUAGGAUUCGUAAAUGAGAGUAUGAAGAAUUGACCAAAAUAAAUAUACUACUAAUAUAUACCAGUAUUACAGAUACAGAGGCAGCCAUUUUACUUUAGGAAAUACUCGUGAACUGAAGUAAAAAAAUUAAUCCCUUUAUGUUCACUUAAAUGUGACAAAUUUGUUCUUUUUAUCUUAGAGGCCUUAAUGUGAACAGUUCUUGUGCUGAAUAAUAUACCAAUAUAAUACAUUUGUAACUUCAGUAUUAGAAAAAAUGCAUUUUAGGUUAAAAUUUUAGCCUUGACUGCUUGUGAAUUUGUUUUUGUUUCUUUUUUCAAACUUGCGUUCACCACACGAGGGAGCCCUAGAGUUAAAACACGUGAACACACACCCACUCUUACUUCUGAUUUCCCUGCACACAUCUUAAUAGCAGUUAUAGAAAUGAUUGUUGGGUGUCACAAUGUGUUUGUCUGAGCCUUGUAUUGGUACCUAUCACCUAUCAGAUCUUCACUUUUACUGCGUUUCCAAUUAGACUGUAUGUAAUAUUGUACCCAAGUAAACAUUUCAAGCCUGAUGCCCCUUUUUUUAUUGUAAAUCAGGUUUUAUUGUGAGAAUUUCUUCUAUUUUGCAAACGUUCCUUCUUUUGUUCAAGCUAUGACUUUAUUUCUGUAGUGAAUAAAUCAAUAUCUUAAUAUA